GAAAAUGAAGUUGAUCGUUUACAAGCGGAUAAUUCUCCUGAAAUAUAUAGAACUGCAGAUUGAACGACUCGAAAAAUCACUGGCACAGGCACAGGCUGAUAUCUGCAAUUGGCAAGCAAAAUUACAGCAAGCAGAAGAAAAUUACAUGACCGAAAACAUAAAGAUCCGCUCUGAAUUAACAACACGCCUCGAACGUAUGACUCAGCAAUAUGAGGCAGCAAACAAAGAUAAAGAAUCAAUGGUCAUCAAGUAUGCUACAUCAGAGAGAGAGGUAAUAGUUGCAAGAAAACAAAAGGAGGUUAUUGAGAAAAAACUCAAGGAUAUGGAAAAAGAGAGAGAGCAACUUCAAAAUAAGAACAAAAUGUUGGUGUCAGAAAGAGCCCGGUUGUGCCAGACUUUGGAUACAAAGGUACAAAAAAAUAAUUUCAACCAGAGAGAAAUAGAAAGGUUAAAAGAAGAGGUGAGCAGCAGAGAAGUCAAGAUUAAGUGGGCACAGACAAAACUGAAAUCUGAGAUGGAUGCUCAUAAGGAAACUCAGGGAAAAUUAGAUCGUGCACUAAUGAAAAUAACAAAACACGAAGAAGAACUCAAAUCCAUCAGGGAUGAGGCUGAAAAGCUAGUUCGAGAUACCAAAGAAAAUGAAAAUUCUAGGGCCAACGUACUAGAUAUGCAGCUCAAGGAAGAAAAGGCAAGAUUGAUCAUGGAGCGGAAAGCAAAUGAGGAUAAGGGAUCAGCGUUUCAUAAAAUUCAGUCAGAACUAGAGACCUUAAGAACAAAGCAUUCUGCUCUGGUAGAUGAAGCAAAUUCACUAAGAUCUAGGGUAACAAACUUUGAGGGGGAGCAAGAAGAGACUGAAAAGUUGUUUUCAAGCUUACGUUCGGAAGUGACUAGCACACGUCAGCAGGUUGCAGAUCUCAAUUUACAACUCUCCAACUCAUCUCAUUUACAGGAGCAGUUACAAGAGGAAAGAAAACAACUUGCCACAGCCAACCAAGAGGUUGAAAGAUUGCAAUCUCUUAACAAUGAAAUCGAAGGUGACCUUUUGUCAUGCCGUCAGAAAGAAGCUGAACUCUUGGCCUUCACCCAAAAGUUGACUGAUAAAAAUGUACAAAUUCAAAGUCAGUUCUCAGCUCUGCAGUCAAAGGCACAGUUAUUAGAAAUUGAACGUGAAGAAGUGAAAACAGAGCUGGAAGAAGUCAGGGCACAGAAGUCAAAGCUAAAAUCUGAUCUCACUAAGGAAAAUCAAAAUCAGAAUGCUCAGGUUGAGAGCCUUCGAAAUCAACUAGCUGAGAAAAUAGAAGAAACGAGGAAACUCACCAUAAAAAUUUCAGACUUGGAAAAUGAAAUUCAAGUUCUUAAAAGGAAACAUGCAAAUUCCUUGAAGGAUAUGAUGCGUGAGGUGCAGAAACUCAGGAGACGGUUAGAGCAGCAGGAUGAUUGUAGUAUUGGUGGAAAUGGCAGUAGCAGUGGUGGAGUACUUAGUGGUCGAUCAUCACAGUCAGCUACCCCUCAUGACUCAUUAUCCCAGGGCUCAAGAGCAUCGUCUAACACAUCUUUGAAUACUAUAGAAUACCAAAAUACAAAUGGAAGCAAUGUUCCUUCACAGGAUACUCUUCCUCCAUUAAAUGACCCUUUAAUAACACAGCAAGUCUUGGUAGAAAGAAUAAUCAAGCUUCAGAAAAAUGCUGCCAAGAAAGCCGAGAAAAUUGAGUUCCUAGAAGAACAUGUGAGUCAGUUGGUAGCCGAGUUAAAAAAGAAAUCGAGAAUUAUUCACCAUUACAUUAUGAAGGAGGAAGCUGGUGCAUUAUCCAACUCUGCAUCAGAUUCAUCAAAGCAUGCAAACACUAACAUUGGGAAGGCAAGGAGAAAGAGCCAGGCUGAAUUAAUUAAGCAUGGAGGAAUCAUGGCAUCUGUGUAUGGUUCCUCACCUCGUGAUGGCAACAUGACCCUAGACCUCUCCUUAGAAAUCAAUAGAAAACUUCAAGCAGUAUUAGAGGACACACUUUUGAAAAACAUCACAUUAAAAGAUAAUCUCAACACAUUAGGGGAUGAAAUUGCCAAGAUAACGCGCCAGAAUCAGCAAAGUGAUCCUCAGAAAUAGGAAGUUGGUAAUUACGUAUGUAACAAAUUGUUACUCAUCAUUUCAUGCUGUAGUGCAACUGAUCACUGCAUUACUAUACUUUUGCACAUUUGUCCUUUCUUCCUGUAUAGUUCUAAAAUAGGAGACAGUUUUGCAACUUAUAUUUUUAUAUUAAUGUAAUACUGUAGUGAUGUAAUACAUCACAUUUAAUGUAAAAAGUUACAUAUACUGUGAAGUAUAAUGUAUAUGCCUUGUAGAUAGAUAUUU